AAGACCUGUCCGCGCACGCGAUUGCCUCCCUCGAUCCUCUCUAGAGUCUCGGGGGCUCUGGGUGUCUCACCGCUCCGUCUGCGCGCAUCUGUGUGCCUCUCCGUCUCUGUAUCAGUCUCUGUCUGCUUAUCUCUGCCCCUCUGUGUGUCUCUUUCUCGGGCUCAUUGCUGUCUCCGUCCGUCAGUCCAUCAGUCCGUCUGGACCCGGGGUGGCGGCGGGCCGCGCGCGGGUGGCGAUGAGCGGCGCCUGCACGAGCUACGUGAGUGCCGAGCAGGAGGUGGUGCGUGGCUUCAGCUGCCCGCGGCCGGGGGGCGAGGCGGCCGCGGUCUUCUGCUGCGGCUUCCGCGACCACAAGUACUGCUGCGACGACCCGCACAGCUUCUUCCCCUACGAGCACAGCUACAUGUGGUGGCUCAGUAUUGGUGCUCUUGUGGGCCUGUCCAUAGCAGCAGUGGUCCUCCUGGCCUUCAUUAUCACUGCCUGUGUGCUUUGUUACCUGUUCAUCAGCUCAAAACCCCACACAAAGUUGGACCCAGGCUUAAACUUACAGACUACAGAGGCACCAUUCAUCCUUGGUCUCUUCCAUCAAUGGGUUUUAAAGCAUGGGAGUGUUCUACAUAAAGAAGACCCUGAUGAGGUACCCCCUGAUUGCCAAGGUGGAAACAUGGGCAACUCAGUGGAGGUGCCAGGAGUGAGCCCUCUCAGGCAGAGUCACCCCUUCCUGAACUCAUGGCUGGACUGCAGUGAGGAGCAGGCUAAGGAUCCCAAAUGCCUCCUCCAGCACUGCUUCAUGGCUACAGUGACCGCCGGUGACCUUCCAGGAAGCCCUGAGGAAGUUCCCGUCCCCAAUCUACUAUACCCAGCCCCAUAAACAUCCAAUAAAUGUCUC